AUGGCACCUAAAAGAGAGCCAUCGAUCAAGAAGUCUCCAUCAGGGGGAACACUACCAAGGCUUGGACCCCCAUUUCCUUGCCUUCCCACAAUGCCUACACCUCCAAGGCCAGUUCCAGAGAUGAAGCCUCGAAUGUUGCGUCCCUCCGACUCCCCAUUUGACCCCAGCACGUUGGAGAUUGAAUUUAACUUGGAUCAAAUACACGAAUUCAAAGAAGCUUUCCUCCUGUUCGACCGGACGGGCGAUGGAAAGAUCAGUUACAGCCAAUGUGGGGACGUGAUGCGGGCCCUGGGCCAGAACCCAGUUAACGCUGAGGUUCUUAAAGUCCUUGGCAACCCCAAAGCUGAGGAGAUGAACCAUAAGAUGCUGGACUUUGAGCAGUUUCUGCCCAUGCUCCAGGCCAUCGCCAAGAACAAGGACCAGGGCUCCUUUGAGGAUUUCGUUGAAGGGCUGCGCGUCUUUGACAAGGAGGGCAACGGCACGGUCAUGGGCGCAGAGCUGCGCCAUGUUCUUACCACGCUCGGGGAGAAGAUGACAGAGGAAGAGGUAGAAACACUUUUGGCAGGUCACGAGGAUGCCAAUGGCUGUAUCAAUUAUGAAGAACUCGUCCGGAUGGUUAUGAAUGGUUGAAGAUCAAGACAGCUGCAUUUUAUGUGUGUUAUUUUUCUUUCUCUGUCUCUGUUUCUGUUACAAAGGAAAAAAAUUAAUUAUUUCUAUCAGUUGCUCUUCCUGUCAGUUGCUUUCAUUCCAUCCCUGUCUUUGUGACCGAUCCAUUGCAGUGUCUUAUCUCUCCCGUGUUUGCCCUCAUUUGGUUUUUAUUUUCAGAAGUGCCUUUAUCCUUUGUAGUUAUGAUCCCACAUGACCAAGCCUUUCCCCAUUCUGUCCAAUGUCAUUAAACUGUUAGAGCUGCAUGAAAGAGCACACUUGUGUGGUGACAUCAUCUGCAAUAAUAUGUCUGAGGAUGCAGCACAUUCCCAGUUAAAUACAGUUACCAUAAUGAAUGCAAUAAAUACCCACAGGCCUGUCUGUGCUGAACGCUUCAGCAGAACAGGUGUGCUGGGCCAGUAAAAAAAACUGUCUAUGGCCAAAGCUAUGCAGUUAGUCUGUAAAUCCAAAGCAAGCAAUCAGGAUUCAUAAAUUCUCUGUCAGUUUUUUCCCAUUUUAAUUCAAACUGUAUGUUAAAUGUUAAAAUAAAAACGUUUUAAAGGUG